UUUCAUUUUUUUUGUUCUCAACCAGAAAUUUCCCUAUAAAUUGCAACUAUUAUUUUCAAAUUUUCAUUCAUCAUAAUUUAUUCUACACUAUAACAAAAUCAUGGCUCCUUUUCUCUACUCACUUCUGCUUUCUUCAAUCUACUUCACAUUAUCUUCUUCUGCAAAAUCCUCCGAAAACGGCGGCUUCACCGUCGACUUAAUCCACCGUGAUCCGCCCUCCGGCGACGCACCUUUCCGCCGCCUGAGAAGCGCAUUCGACCGCUCCUUCUCACGAAAAUCCUCCUUGCUCUCGAGCUCCCUGCAGGACUCCGUCGACGCUCCGAUCACUCCCGUCGGCGGCGAGUACGUGAUGAAGUUCAUGAUCGGAACCCCGCCGGUCGAGCAGCUCGGCAUCGCCGACACCGGCAGCGAUCUCACGUGGACGCAGUGCCAGCCAUGCACGAAUUGCUACGAGCAGAACUCGCCGCUCUUCGAUCCCUCCAAAUCCUCGACGUACCGGCCAAUCUCUUGCCAAUCCGGCCAGUGCCAGGCCACCGGAACUCCGUCGUGCGGCGGCGACGGCGAAUGCAAGUACCAGGUCGCGUACGGCGACAGAUCGCACACCGCCGGCGACGUCGCGGCCGAAACCCUAACUUUUGGCGGGAACGUCUCUUUCCCCAAAUUUGCCUUCGGAUGCGGCCACGACAACGAAGGCACCUUCAGCCAGACCGGCUCCGGCAUCGUCGGCCUCGGCGGCGGCUCGAUCUCGAUCGUGAACCAGCUCCGGAGCGCCACCGCCGGCAGAUUCUCCUACUGCUUGACGCUCCUCAGCUCGAAUGUCUCGAGUAAGAUUAGUUUCGGCAGCAGCGCGGUCGUUGCUGGACCUAAUGUCGUCUCGACUCCGAUCGUGAAGAAAUCUCCCGAUACAUUUUACUAUCUCACUUUGGAAGGGAUGAGCGUUGGUGAAAAUAGGGUAAAUUAUGCGGCAAGCGGCGCCGCGGCGGCGGCGGCGGAGGGUGGUGAGGGCAACAUCAUCAUCGACUCCGGCACGACGCUGACGUUCGUGCCGCAGGAGAUUUACGAGGGGGUGGAGGCGGCAUUGACGGAGGCGAUCACGGCAGAGCGCGCCACCGAUCCGCAGGGGACGUUCGGUUUGUGCUAUCGAGUUGGCGGUGGCGGCGGAGGGAUUGAUGCACCGCCGGUGACGGCGCACUUUACGGGGGCGGAUCUGGAGCUGCCGGCGGCGAGCGUGUUUGUGGAGGUGGAGGAAGGGAUUGGUUGUUUGACGGUGGUGCCGUCGCAGGAUUUGGCUAUAUUUGGGAAUUUGCAUCAGAUGAAUUAUCACAUUGGAUAUGAUCUUGUGAAGAAUGAAGUGAGCUUUCUGCAGACUGAUUGCACCAAGCUUGAAUAAGAAUUUGCGUGGUUUAUCUUCAUAAAAUAAAGUGGGUUGCUGUAUUUAAUUUUCUUUUCUCUUUUUCGUAUUUCCUAGAUUUAUGUAAUGAUCCUUUCAGUUUUUAGUAAUGGUAAAUUUGUUU